UUAGACGGCCAUCUUGAUUUCUAUUUGUUUUUGUACGUGGAUUGCUGAAAAACGCAAGGAAAGAGCCAGUUUGAGUAACAAUUGUAUCCAACUUGGGCAGCCUAUUUGCACAGAUGAGUAAUGCACCUUAUGUUCUGGAUGCUGGGUCUGGAAUGUCUCAAGAGUCUAGAAAAAGCCAGCCAGAUUUGUCACUUGGUGACUUUGGUCUUUUAAGUUCGAAUAUCAAGGUUAGAAGCAAGAUGAACUUCUACAAGGAUGGUGCUGAAAACGACUUGGGGGAGAACUCAGCCUACUUCCCACAAUCCACCAUGUUUCCAUCUCACAGAUCGGAAAAAGAUCUUUUGACAUCGCAGUCGCAAUCUCUAUCACAGUACGGCAUUUACGGAAACCAAGGUUACGGUCUUCAGCAGCAACAGCAGCCGUCGGGCCCGCCCAGGGGCAUGCCCAACCCCCAGCAGCAGCAACCGCAGCAGCAGCUGCCGUUCCCCAGCCGCAGCAUGUCGGGCCACCACGGCAGCAUAGGAGGCCAGAUCACCCCCACCCCGCCCUCUCCCAGCAGGGGAAUGCUUCCCGUGGGCCCACGGGUCAGCCAGGUCCAGACCAGUACCAACCAGCCGUCCAUGAGCGCCCCGAGCAGGGUGGGGACGUUAGGCUCGGGCAUGCCCAGUCCCAACAGCCGGACAUCGCCCAGCCUUCUGGCUAUGCAGCAGAAACAGCAACAGCAAAGGAUGCUUGGAGGGUCAACGCAAAGUGCAAUCGGAGCAUUUGGCAUGACGAGACAGCAGAGCUACGGUGGACCGCAGAACGCAUUACUUGGCAACUUCACGCCCCAGUCACUUGCCGCAUCUUUCAAUUCAGUAAACGAGAGUUCACCGUCAUUGGACAUGGCCGAGUUUCCAGUUCUGGCCAACAGAGGGCGCCAGCAGCCUCCCCCUCAACAGCAUGAUAACAACAGCCUCAGUCUCUUCCCACCAAACCCCAUGGCAGGAAGGCCAGCGUAUGUGGGCAUGGUCAACAAGCAGGCAGAUCCGGUACCAGAGUUCACCAUGCAAAGCGAGGACUUCCCUGCAUUGCCGGGCUCCAACAUCAUCAGCAAGUCCUCCUCAGAGCAAAACAGCACAGGCGUGGUGAAAGAGAGCCCCAGGUACCCUGGGGACAAGACGGCCAACAACAACAGCAACAACGACAAUCAGCAGAAACGCGGCAUCCAGAUCCAUCCGGAUGGCAAGAUCACGCACAUCCCACCCGGUAUCGUGACGGAUCCUUUCGGCAUCGUGGGCUUGCUGACCUUCAUCCGGGCGGCCGAGACGGACCCCAACCUGGUCCAGCUAGCAUUGGGCAGCGACCUGACCACGCUGGGGCUCAACCUCAACUCACCCGAGAACCUGUAUGGCACGUUCCAGUCGCCGUGGGCGGAGUCACCCAGCAGGCCCCAAGAUAUCGACUUCCACGUUCCCCAGGAGUACAUCACCAACAUGCACAUCAGAGAUAAGCUGGCUCCCAUCAAGUUGAGCAGAUACGGGGAGGAUCUCUUGUUCUAUUUGUACUACACGCACGGUGGGGAUGUGUUACAACUGGCGGCAGCCGCUGAAUUAUACAACCGAGACUGGCGAUACCACAAGGAGGAGAGGGUGUGGAUCACGAGAGGCCCCAUGAUGGAGCCCCAGGUCAAGACCAGCCUGUACGAGCGGGGCCUGUACUACUACUUUGACCACCAGCGCUGGUGCAAAGUGGCCAAGGAGUUCCACCUGGACUACGACAAGCUGGAAGAGCGCCCUCACCUGCCCGCCUCCUUCCAUCACAACGUGUCCACGAAUCCCGUCAUGGCGCACUGACGCGAUGCGGCAAGAUCUGCGUCGGGCCGGGGGAACUUUUUACGGCGGCUAGCACGCGUUCUGGGACUCGUUUACGUUUUUUUUUUAAUAUUUCUUUUUUCUUUUCAUCAGAGGUUUGGACUUUUCCCGAGAUUCUCGUCUCCAUAGAAAUUCUCAGGAAUAGCAACAAUGCAACUUUCUAAAAGAAAGAAGGGACAGAAAGGAAGCAAAACUCUACAGAAAGGUUGUGAGAAUUGGCAUUCCGUAAAUCUUCAACAAAGAGAAUUUUCCACAAUGUUAAUCCCAUCAGAACUCGUUCUUUCGUUGUAACAGUUAAAAGCCGCCAUCUUGCUUAAACUUAUCUCCUUGUUGUCCACAAUGCUCAUGCAAUUAAAAGAAAAAAUCCACUUAUUCUGAACUGGACACGAGCCGUGAGGAAAUCACUGAGGCGAUGGACAUGGAGAACCUACUUUAUGUUUGAAACUCAGCAGUGGGAGUUGUCCUUUUUUACACAUUAAGAAAAUCAGCUAACCAGAGAUUUAGAUACAAGAUUGCAGUUCUUGUUUACCCACAAUCCUUUGUCCACUUCAAGAUUUUGUGCUAACUGAUCGGCCAGUACCGACAGUAUGUUGUUAAGGCAGGUUUGUGUGAAAGAGAAACAGGCCUAGGGCCAUAUUCAGACCCAGAUACCACACCUCACACAUUGCACAAGGGCACCAUUAUAACCGGUACCCCGCAGGCCUUUUAAGUUACACCAGAGAGCAAGUUCUUUCUGGAACUGCGUGGUGGACCAUAGUCUGACUCACUCUGAUCGGCGAUACUCCAGACUGGUGGUUAGAAUAGCAUUACCAACUAUCUGGAACAGGCCUGCAUGUGAUAAGUCGGUGUUCUAGUUACCAGCAGCUACGCACAUGAAAAUGUGUAGUGGGAACCAGGAUCACUGGUUACUGUGACUAUGAUUGACCACAGAGCGACUCAGAAGUUGGCUGUCAAAUUAUACCAAAAAUAUCUCAAAUUUACCACUAGUAGUCCAAUAGCUCUGGACUGAACGUGCUCCAACUUGCACAUUGUCUAAACCUAUCACUCCAGCUGGUACUGCAGGUCAUAACCAGUCAGGAGGUAAAAAGUAUCCCCAAACACCCCGCUCCCCACGACUUCUUUUCUAAACAUUCUGCUGUCUUCACUUUUAGCUCUACUAAUGUGCGGAAGGAGUUUUCCAGGAGAGUUUACCCUAGUUUUUUCCUUCCAUCCAUAAAAAAAAUAUCAAGUUGAGCUUACAGACCGAAGGUUGUAGCAGUUUUUUCGUUGGAUCGUCGCGUAAGCAGUUGGAAAAAGCUAUAACAUGCCCUUAUUUCCCACCUCCUUUUGUAUUUACAAUUCAGGAUAGGAAAAAAGACAUAGGCCUUAAAAUAAUGUUUUCCAGUAUCAUCUUGCAUUUUUUCAGUAUCGCCUCGUAUUUUUGGCAAUUAACAUUUCUCAAGAUUGGGACAUGAUUUGUACAUGUAUUGGAAGAGUCUACUUAUCGGCUUAGUAUGCCAAAUAUUUUGGCUUUUCCUCAGUCACGUUGUGCUGCUGUAGAAAGAUGUACAAAUAAAAUCUCCAUACAGUAAAACUUUA